AUGAUCACUAUGUUUUUUCAGUCUGUGGCACAAUUUCCCGAACCUGAAAAAAAACUUCGUGAAGAAAUGGAACACGUAUCUCAAAUAGGUGAGAUGAGAUCGCGGUUAGCUGCUGAAACUGCAGAACGCGCUCAACUAAUUACUGCCUUAUUACCAGCAGCUCAAGAUGCAGCCGCUUAUGAUUUGAGAGAGAUGUUGAAUCGGUACAAGGAAGUAGUAAUGUUGAAUGAGGAACUCCUGACAGGAUGCUACAUUAGGCGCUCUACUCAGGAGCAAGCUGUUACUUCGCUGAAGAGUUUGCAUACUAUUCUGCAACAAGCUGUGAGACUCAGAGUGGGUAAAUACAGCAAGGCAGUUGUAGCAGCAAGUAGAAAGGCAGUACAGGCUAACAACAUAGAGGCGUUAAUCAAGAUCAUACAAGUUGGAGAUUCAAUGAUAACAUAAUUCAAUCAGUAUUACAACAGUUUAUUUGAUUUAUCACAAUAAAUAAAACUUACACUAUCAGUCAUUUCAAACAUCAAAUUAAAUCAAUGUCAAAUAUUAUAUCAUAGAGUUGUACUUUCAAAAAUUAUGAACUUUUUUAUAUUGAAUCCAUCAUUUUGUACAAUAAGUUGAGCCUUUAAUAUUAAUAGUUAUAUCUGUAGACAAAAGCAAGUUAUGUAGAAUGCUCUUUAUACAACACAAAUUGAUACUUUAACAGGUAGAUAUUCCUCAAAUAACUAUAUCAAAGAACUCAAGUUCAUCAUACAACAAUUUGCUUUGUAGCGUAAUGUACUUCGUCAGCACUAAUAUUCAAUAGGAGACGUGGUUCGGCUGGUUUUGGUUCAAGUAACAAUAGCCGUAGUGCAGCCAGCCUUGCGCAUAUUGCUUGCGCUUGCGAAGGCGUGGGGGCACGAAUAGAGGGCGCGGAUUUGUAUGGCCGGCCGUCGAGGGCGACUAUAGCAGCCGCAGUUUGAAGCGCACGGGAUAGAGUUGUUUCAUCUGAACCAGUUCUUUCCAC